UCUACUACAUAAGACGGUGCCGAAGCUUCCAAUGAACGUAAACACGAUUGGACAGUUAUCUGUCACAGUGACAGCUGGAAACUUUUUAAACACGACUAGCUAUUUAGCUCAUAUGUUAAGACUUUGAUGUUUUCCUUCGUUGACAGGGAUCUGAAUAAACAUAUGGCGGUAUGCAGUUUUUAAAAAUCCGUAGAGUAUUCUAUGUGUCUAUACAAAGGCACGAGCUCAUCCGCCGCAGCAUGGCGUCAGAGACUAUCCGCUUCGACUUCCUGGUGGUCGGCGGCGGCUCCGGAGGUCUGGCCGGGGCCAGGAGAGCUGCGGAGCUCGGAGCAAACACAGCGGUGAUCGAGAGCCACAAACUCGGAGGUACCUGCGUCAACGUUGGAUGUGUUCCUAAAAAGGUUAUGUGGAAUGCAGCCGUUCAUGCAGAAUAUCUUCACGAUCACAGCGAUUACGGCUUUGCAACUGAAAACGCUCGCUUCAGUUGGGAGACUCUCAAGGCGAAAAGAGAUGCCUACGUUUCUCACCUAAACCGAAUUUAUCGCAACAACUUGGACAAGGCUAAAAUCGAAACCAUUCAAGGCUAUGCCAGGUUUACCGAUGACCCCGAGCCCACUGUGGAGGUCAACGGCAGAAAACUGACAGCGCCUCACAUCCUUAUCGCCACAGGGGGGCAGCCUUCUGUUCUGAGUGACGAUGAGGUUCCUGGGGCAAGUCUUGGCAUCACCAGUGAUGGCUUUUUUGAACUCGAAACCCUCCCAAAACGCAGUGUGAUUGUAGGCGCUGGUUAUAUCGCUGUAGAAAUGGCCGGUAUUCUUGCCACUCUGGGAUCCAAAACGUCGCUGGUUAUUCGACAGACGGGGGUUCUGAGAAACUUUGAUGCAUUUAUAAGUGCAAACUGCACCAAAGAACUGCAGAACAACGGGAUCGACCUGUGGAAGAACUCCCAGGUGAAGUCUGUGAGUAAGACAGACAAAGGCCUGGAGGUGACCAUCGCUACCAAAGACCCAGAGAAAAACGAUGAGAAGAUCAGCAUUAUUGAAGAGGUGGAGUGUCUUCUGUGGGCUAUAGGAAGGCAGCCCAACACCUCUGGGCUGAACAUCGGGAGCCUGGGUUUGGAUACCGAUGAAAGAGGUCACAUAAUCGUAGAUGAAUUCCAGAACACUUCUCGGCCAGGGAUCUACGCCGUGGGGGACGUUUGUGGCCGAGCUCUUCUCACACCUGUUGCCAUUGCUGCUGGCAGAAAGCUGGCUCAUAGACUGUUUGAGGGCAAGAAGGAUUCCAAAUUGGACUACUCCAGCAUUCCCACGGUGGUGUUCAGCCAUCCACCCAUCGGUACUGUGGGCCUCACAGAAGAGGAGGCCAUUAAAGCACAUGGAAAGGAGAAUAUAAAGAUCUAUAAGACUUCCUUCACUCCAAUGUACCACGCCAUCACCAGCAGGAAGAGCCAGUGCCUUAUGAAGCUGGUGUGUGUGGGCAAGGAGGAAAAGGUGGUGGGUCUGCACAUGCAGGGCCUCGGCUGUGAUGAAAUGCUGCAGGGAUUUGCUGUGGCAAUCAAAAUGGGUGCAACCAAAGGAGACUUUGACAACACGGUUGCCAUCCACCCGACUUCGUCCGAGGAGUUUGUCACGAUGCGUUGAUGCAGACGUGGUCCCCACCCUUUGGUUCUCUGCAUAACCCAGACAAUCAGUCCAUCAGCAUAUUCUCUCAUCAGCCUGAUCAUUUUGUUUAUUGAAACAACUUAUACUAUUUUAUAUAUACAUUUUCAUAAUUUUUUUUGCAUUAAAGUGACCUUAAUUGUAAACAGUGUUAAUAUUCUUUUCACAUCAUUCUUACCCUAAUCAAAUUUAAGUUUGGCACCUAUUGAAUUGUUGUGAGAUAUGACCUAUGAUAAUGAAAAAUGAUGUAAAAUAAUGUACAAGAAUUGUUGUCAAGAAAAUGGCUGGAUAAUCAAAUAAUCUCCCUCUUAGAGUUUGUGUUUGACUUGUCAAAUGAUGUAAUUCAUUAUCAUACCACAGUUGCCCUUUACACACCAUUUCAGUGCAAAGUCAUAACUGAUAUACUCUGUAGAGUUCGACAUAUCCAACAAACCUGAAGAUAUUUCCUUUUUUUUCUUAAA